UCCGGAGAUAACACACGCGGAAGAAUUUUUUAAAUAAAAAGAAAAAAGACUACUGAGGACAUAUCCUCCUCGGACCUCGUAGAAUAAUAAGGAUUAUAAACUUUAAAUCAAAAUUGAGAAAAUAUUUGUAUAUCAUUUAAAAUGACCGAGGAAAGUUUAAGUUCUAGAUCGAUUAAGGACAAUACGUGUUUGUGAAUGAAAAUUAAAUAUGGCAGUGCAAUGAAGUCUAACUAUAUCCAAUACCAUAGCUUCCGCCAAAUCUUUCAACUUUUAAUUGAUUACUUUUUAAGCUAGAAUCAUCCAAAAACAGACACCAAAUGGAUUUUAGAAAUGAAGAUCACAGAAAUUUCGUAACAAUUGAAAAUGAGGUGUUGCGUUUUGAUGUGUAUUUUGUUUUUCUGUGAGACACACUCACAAUUCUUCUCCACGCCGAUAGUGGAAAUUGGCCAGGGGAGGUUGAGGGGGGUGCGCAAUAUUUUGGGAGUCAACCAGUACUUCGGGAUACCGUACGCCACUAGCGUGAGAUUUCAACCGCCUAAGCCGCCAAGGAAAUGGAAAGGUAUUUUCAACGCGGUGAGCCGGUACACGUCGUGCGCCCAAGCCGUAACCUUCAUCACCCACACCAACGAGGACUGCCUCCAGCUCGACGUCUACACCCCAGAGCACGCCAAGUCUGGAGACAACAUCCCUGUCUUCGUGUUCCUCCACGGCGGCGCCUAUUACUAUGGAAACAAAGCAAUCACUGACCCUGAAUUCCUGGUCACCAAGAACAUUGUGGCAGUUAUUAUAAACUACAGAUUGACUGUGUUUGGAUUCUUGUGUAUGAACGGUGCAGCUAAUCUGGGCCUUAAAGAUCAGUCAGCCGCUUUGAAGUGGGUAAAGAAGAACAUAGCUGCGUUUGGAGGAGAUCCAAACAAUGUCUGCUUGGCUGGACAAAGCGCCGGCGCCAGCGCCGCUUCCAUGCAUAUGCUGUCAAAACACAGCAAAGGAUUAUUCCAUAAAGUAAUAAUAAUGAGUGGUACUCCAUUAACUCCUUGGGCAUUCAAUGCAGAGCCCUUGAGACCAGCUCUUGAGGAUGCCAAUAAAAUAGCUGAUGCACAAGAUGAAGAGGAUUUGUACCACAUUUUCACGACAUAUCCAAUGAGGCAAAUACUCAGAGCUACUCUUGGUGUAUCGUACAAUUCGAGAUAUUUCAGGUACAGUCCUUGUGUGGACAGUAAUUUGACAGAUCCCUUUUUCAGUGAUACUCCAUACGAGAUUAUAAAGUCUGGGAACUUUAACAAAGUGCCUGUGCUGAUGGGGAUGGCAGAAGUGGAGGGCAUGCUGUUCUACGGAAUUAAUCGUAUGAGUACUCUGACCGAAUGGGAUGGUAACUUUAUAGAGCGGCUGCCGUCAGUUUUUUCUUGGUGUUCUUAUGAAGAUCGGGAAAAGAUCGCUCGCAAAAUUCGCUCGUAUUACUUUGGAAAACGAGCUAUCGAUGACAGUUCUAAAGACGGUAUCAUGAGGUUUUACUCUGAUUGGAUGGGGCACGCAACGUUCGAUGCCUUCGCUGAUCUUUUAACCAGAUAUUCGCACCAGCCCGUGUACAAGUAUGUGUUUUCUUACGAGGGGGAUCGUAACUUCGCCAAGAUGGUUGGCCGAGGCGGCCGUAUGAAAGGGGCCACACAUUCUGAUGACUUGUUUUACGUGUUCAAGCCUGGAGGUUUACCGCUCUUGCUUUCCAACGAAGACAGGCUCUUCAUAAACAGGUUUACGACUUUACUGGCGAAUUUCAUGAGAUAUGGUAACCCGACCCCGCGCCGCACCCCUCUUCUCCCCGCCGCCUGGCCCGCCACCACCGUCAACUCGUCGUACACCAUGCACCUGGGGCGUCCGCUGGAGGUGACAAGAGGACCAUGGCUGAAGGAUCGGUUCUUCCUGGACCUGCUGUGCACGUACGGCCUGAAAGGAUAUGUGCCCUGUGACAGCAAGGAACAGUGCAAUUUAAAUCCUUAAAUUUGUUUUUUACCCAGAAGAAUGAGUUAAAGACAAUGAAAUUAGUGAAAAAUAAAUAAACUAUUAGCCAAUUGAUAGAUGUUCUAUUGUGAUAAAUUAUAAUUUAAUAUUGAAUUGUGAUAUUUGGAUGUAAUAAAAUUACUUUUGAUUUAGUGCUUAGAUAGGUAGGUACCUAGAUAUGAAACUGUGGUGGUGUAAUGGUUAAGACCUGUAAAUCGAAAGGUCCCAGGUUCGAAUCCUACUCGUGCGUGUCACAUGAGUUUGUGUACCAAUUUGACAUAGUAGUUUACAUAGACCACCACCCGCUUCCAGUGAAGGAAAACAUUGCGAGGAAACCUGCACACUGGUUAAUUAAUAACAUGUGUAUGAAAUGCAGAAAGCAAUGGCAAACCACUGCUUUAAUAAAUAAAUAAAUAAAAUUAAUAAAUAAAAACAUCCUAGGACUUUUUCUUGACUAAAUGCUGUUCUGGGUAUAAAAAUACCCACAUUUUAUUUGGAUGAUUAACCGUCUAGUUAAAGCGUGAAAAAUACUGUUCCCCAGGGGUGACCGCACACGAGCACAGCCCCAAACAAACGGCAGCACAUUAUAAAUCUCCAGCAGCCCGCGGCUGCCCCGAUUUAUAAAUAUGCAGAUCAAAUAUUAAAAGGAGAGCCGCGAGAUCAUCCCGGGGGCGGCGUCCGGGAUGUGACAAGGCAACACCCAGUAGAUCUGCCUCUUGCCGACUGUGAAACUGAUGCCAGGUGUUCCGCCGCCUAAAGGUAUCUUACAUUACCUUUACACACUGACAUUAGAGUUUUUAGACCCGCGUAACAUUGUGUGGUAAUAGUUGGAUAUUUUCGUCGUCGUUUUAGAUAAAACGGCUGGCGUACGGCGCCCAACUUUGCGUUUUUCAGCACGGGUUCAAAUUAACGUCAAAGAUGGUGCAACGCACCGUUGAACCAUCUUUGACGUUAAUUACCUAUAAGUAGACUAGUGGAGUAGCUCAAAGUUCAACUAAUGUGCAGGUUACUUCGCGAAUUUUCGGUUUAGAUUAAGUAGAUAAAACUUCCUCGGCUAUUUAUUUGAAUAUUGAAACGUAACAAAAAUAAUCAAUUUCAAAAAACAUUUUUCAAAAUUACGAUAAUGUUUUUAACUA